AAUCAAUACGACUUCAUGGUCAACUUUAACACAGCGACGGUUCUACAUGCACAAGUAACAAGCGAUUCUAUGGACUUGAAACGGUUUUGGUCAAUGGAAACUCUCGGUAUAAACGCGACCGCGAACGUGCAAGGUGAUUUUACAACGGGUUUUAAAAACAAAUACAUAAACUGGCGAGACGGGCGGUAUGAAGUGUCGUUACUGUGGAAAAUUGAUCAAUUUUUAGACUCAAAUUUCACUCGAGCUCUAGCGAGACUAAAAGCACUAACGUCUAAACUACAUAAAAGCGAAAAGUUAAAUGAGUAUGACGUAGCAAUGCGCGAAUACCUAAAAGACAAUUGUGCAGAAGAGGUAACUAACGAGACAGACGCGAAUCGGAAGUACUAUACGCCACACAGGGCUGUCUACCGCUACGAUAAAGACACAAGUAAAGUUCGUGUAGUGUUUGACGCAUCCGCGCAUGCGCCGGGUUUCGAAUCGCUUAAUGAACAAUUGCACUGCGGAGACAAUUUAAUUCCUGAUUUAUUACAAAUGUUAUUGAAUUUCCGUAUAGGUGCAAUAGGUGUAACUUCUGACAUCAAAAAGGCGUUUCUACAAACGCCAUCGAUAAACGACAACGAUCGCGACGUGCUUCGAUUCCUGUGGUAUAAAGAUCCAGUACCUGAAAACUUGACGUCAGCGAUGGAACUAUCAAACAUAACGACAUACCGCAUGAAGCGAGUAACGUUCGGGAUCAUUAGCAGUCCAUUCCUUUUGGCAGCAACAUUGCGUAAACAUUUCGAAGACCAGCCAGAUAAAUUACAAAAUACAGCGUCAAUUUUGUCCAAGUCAUUUUACGUCGAUGAUUUAGUGACGGCAGCAAGUACCCUGGACCAAGCUCAGAACUUAUAUAGCGAGUCGAUGCAAAUUCUGCACGCUGCAAACAUGAAUUUAAGAAAGUGGUGCUCUAAUGAUGCAAAAAUGAUGGCAGUGUUUCAAACAAAUGAAAAGGUAACCAGACAAGACGCAAGUCCAUAUGCAUAUGGAGCAGUAACUUACAUAAGAUGCCUAUCAAACCACGAAUGCAACUAUGUGACGUCAAAAAACAGAGUUGCUCCAAUAGACAAAUCAGGUCAAAGGGAACUUACAUUACCUAAGUUAGAACUGACAGCAGCUUUAUGUGCAGCGAGACUUCAAAAUUACAUUGCAAAAAAUAUGUUGAUCAAUAUCCAGAAGACGACUCUGUGGUCAGAUUCAAAGAUAUCCUUAUAUUGGAUUAGAGGAAAAUCCAAGAAAUGGAAACCUUACGUACAAAAUCGUGUAAACGAAAUACACAAAUUGAGCGAUAGCGUAUGGAGAUAUUGCCCUGGAAAAGAAAAUCCUGCAGACCUAUUAACGAGAGGAAUUUCAGCCAAAACAUUAAUUGAUUCUAACUUAUGGUUGCGAGGCCCUAAAUGGCUGAAUGAUGAAGAGAAUUGGCCGAGCGAUGAAUAUUUUGAACCAGAUGUGGAUCAAGUUAGCAGUUUUUUAACUAUACAACGAAACGAAUCCACACCGGAAACACAGCCCAUAUUUCCAUUGGAAAAGUAUGGAAUAUAUGAGAAAAUUAUGCGAAUCACGGCUUAUGUUAUAAGAUUUAUUAAAUUAACAAAGAAGAUGUACAAAUCAAAGCGAUUAUCGACACAAGAUCUAAAUGAAGCAGACACUUAUUGGAUAAAAUAUAUACAAGAAAAGGAUUUUCCGAAUGAGUUGAAAGCUUUAAAAAGGGGAAUGCCGAUACAAUCAUCAUCUUCGAUUCUGAUGUUGAAACCAUUUCUAGAUGAGAAUGGUGUCAUGCGUUUAUUAGGAAGGUUAGAUGAAGCGCCUUUGAGCUAUGAUGAGAAACAUCCAAUCAUACUACCAAAACGAUCAAUGUUGACGGAAAAAAUUAUAAGGAAAUGUCAUGAGGGGGUAAAUCAUUAUGGAGUGAAUGCGACUUUAGCUGAACUAAGAAAGAGAUUUUGGGUUCCGCAAGGACGUCAGAAAGUUAAAGCAAUCCUUAACCAAUGUUUGAAAUGUAAACGAUUGAAAGGAAAACCUGGAAACGAAGAAUGUGCUCCACUACCAAAGACUCGCGUAACUAUGACAAAUCCAUUUAAUAUAACAGGCAUUGAUUUUGCUGGUCCACUAUACGCCAACGUCGCAGGUCAACGAACGAAAACAUACAUAAUGUUAUUUACGUGUGCGGUUAUAAGAGCAGUCCAUCUGGAAUUGGUUCCAGAUUUGACAACUGAAUGUUGUAUAAGAGGGUUGAGAAGGUUCAUUGCCAGAAGGGGCGUUCCUGAUGUUGUAUACUCUGAUAAUGCCAAAACGUUUAAGAGAACAGACCUUGAAUUAAGAAAAUUAUCCGCUAUCUUGGAAUCAGAAAAGAUUCAGGAUUUAGUUAGAAAGCACCGAAUUCAUUGGAGGUUUAUAGCGGAAAGAGCUCCAUGGUGGGGUGGCUUUUGGGAGAGAAUGGUAAAAACCGUUAAAGACGCAUUAAAAAUAACUUUAGGUAGAGCAUACGUCGAACGAGACGAAUUAGAAACUAUUUUAAUAGAAAUCGAGGCGACAAUAAAUUCUCGUCCACUUACGUAUAUCAGUGAUGACUCAACAGAUUUGACUAUAUUAUCUCCUUCUCAUUUUUUGACUGGAAGGACUGAAGUAGGAUUUUGUAUGAAUUUAACCUCGAAGGAGAUAAGUAGAUCUGAAAUAUUGAAAAGGUGGAGAGAUAGAGAGAAAACGUUGAAAAGAUUUUGGGACAGGUGGCGUUCCGAUUAUUUACAACAAUUGCGGACAGCGCAUCUAAGAAAAUCGAUAAAUGCCAAAUCAUUGAAUAUUGGGGAUGUUGUUUUGGUGCAAGAAAACAGUUCUAGGUUGCAGUGGAAGAUGGGCAGGGUUGUGAAUUUGUACCAAGGUAGAGAUAAUAAAAUAAGGGCAUGUGAAGUAAAGUUAAGUGGCGGAACUACAUUACGACGACCAGUCCAACUCUUGUACCCCUUGGAGGUACAAGCCUUUUCGCCGGGGGAGGAUUUAGAAAAUUUUAGAAUGAAUUAA